GUUCCCUUUAUCUCUCCAUCUGUCAUAUUUAUAAUCACCACCACCUUCGCGUUCCUACAGCGACCUUCCUCUCCAGGCCCUCUGUGAAGCCACGCCCACCAGCACAAGCUCCAGGUGGAGGGAACGAGUGGGGGUGGUUGGAGUGAGCUAGGUCGUGCUUCCUCGUUCAAAAAGAACAGUCAGCGUUGGUGCGAGUGGGCUGUGGCUGUGGUCUCCGAGUGUCGCGGUAAAGGAUAACACAUCAGCAUCAGAAUGUCGUCAGAGGCGUCAUCUCCUGUGAAGGCAUCUCAGUCCAGCACUCCUCCUUUGUCCCCGGUGUCUCCAAUGUCCCCCAGCAAUCUGCGUCUGCCCGACAGCCGCCACAGAGAGCGCUCGCCCUCCCCCAUGAGGAGCUUCCUGAUCCCCAGCCCCUUGCCCACCCGCCGGAAUCGUACCUGCUCGGCUGCAGAACGUGCAGCUGAGGGGCCGGUUUACACUGGGGUCUGCAAGGGCUUUUCACGUUCCAAAGGACACGGCUUUAUUACACCAUCAGACGGAGACAAAGAUGUCUUUGUGCACAUAUCUGACAUCGAGGGUGAAUAUGUACCUGUGGAAGGAGACGAAGUGAGCUAUAAGAUCUGCUCUAUUCCACCUAAACAUGAGAAGAUCCAGGCUGUGGAGGUGACCAUCACUCAUCUAGCACCAGGCACGAAGCACGAGACUUGGUCGGGAACUGUGGUCCAAUCCUGAGGAGCAAUAAUUCUCUAAAUCUGUACUGACAUACUAAGUGCGAUAGAGAUGUUGAAAUUGAUUUUCCUUUUCUUUUGAGGUGUGGGGGAACAGUAAUGAAGCCUUUAAGUUUACUAGUAGAUGAUAUCUCUUCAAUCUUACGAAAAAUAUCAACAAUUUAUUUGAUAUGUGUUUGGAAUGUUUUUUGGGGGGGGACUUGGUGAGGGGGAUUUGUUUGUAACAAUGAUUUUUUUUUUUAUUGCGGCAUAAACAGCAGUCAACUAUGCUUACAUUUACCAUCUGUGAUUUCAUUCUUUGAAUGAUAGUUGUCUUUUGAAUAAUACGAUUUUCGAAACACUGCACACUAUUGACAAGAAGCCUUAACUCAUACAAACAGCAUAAAUAAAAAGUCUGUGAUAUAUUUUUUAAAUCGCUGAAAAAUAAAGUUCUUCGUGUACUAUGUCUGCAUAUUGUGAAAAUAAAUCAUUUGACCAUUUCUAA